GACGUCAGUGCGGCCGCCAUUUUGAGUCAAUGUGCUUCGGUACUAGAUGGUGUGGACUGGAUAUUCCUGAUAUAUUGUUGUGUUUCACGCUUAGAUUUCAAGUCCAAGCUUGAAACAUGCUUUCCGCAGCCCAAUUGCUCGAUGAGUUAAUGGGCCGGGAUAGAAAUUUGGCCCCGGACGAGAAGCGUUCCAACGUCAAAUGGGACGACGAGAGCGUGUGUCGAUACUAUCUAUGUGGCUUUUGUCCAGCAGAGUUAUUUACAAACACACGCUCUGAUUUGGGCCCCUGUGAGAAAAUCCAUGAUGAAAAUUUAAGGAAAAUUUAUGAGAAAAGCUCACGGUUCAUGAAGGAGGGCUAUGAGCGAGACUUUCUGCGCUAUUUGCAGUCACUCUUGGCUGAAGUGGAACGCCGCAUUCGCAGAGGGCACGCUCGCCUUGCUCUUUCUCAAGCUCAGCAGAAUUCAGGGCAGGCUCCUCCUCCGGCAGGAAAGAACGAUGAGAAGGCUCAGGUUCUCACAGAGAAGAUUGAAGAUUUGGUUGAUCAGAUUGAGGAGCUGGGGUCUGAGGGCCGUGUGGAGGAGGCUCAGGGAAUGAUGAAGCUGGUCGAGCAGCUCAAGGAAGAGAGGGAGCAGCUCAACGCCAACCCUUCGUCUAUUGAGAGCUUUGCGGCCCAGGAGAAACAGAUGGAGGUGUGUGAGGUGUGCGGGGCCUUCCUGAUUGUGGGUGAUGCGCAGUCUCGGGUGGAUGACCACUUGAUGGGAAAGCAGCAUAUGGGCUAUGCUAAGAUCAAAUCCACUGUGGAGGAGCUCAAGGAGAAACUACGACGCCGCUCAGAGGACCCCCAAGGUGAAACUCCUGUUGUUAAGAAAGAAGACCGUGAGCGAGAGGAGCGGGAGAAGAAGCGCAAAGAGGAGGAGGAAAAGGAGAAAGAGCGGGAGAAAGAACGCGAGAAAGAGCGGGAACGUGAGAGGGAGCGUGAGCGAGACAAGGAGAGGGAAAGAGACCGAGACAAGGAGAGGGACAGAGACCGAGACCGAGACAGGCGGGCACGACGAAGCAAUUCUAACAGCCGCCACUCCAGCCGAGCAUCAGACAGGAAAAGGAGUCGGUCACGUGAUCGCAGAAGAUCCAGGAGCAGGGAUAACCGUAGACGCAGCAGGAGCAGGGAUAGAGAGAGGGAUAGGGACAGGAGACGCAGUCGUGACCGCUCCGACCGGAAGCGGCGUUCCCGAAGCCGCGAAAAGAGGAGGUCGCAUAGCUCAGAGCGCAGAGCUCACCGCCACCGUAGCCGCAGCAGGGACAGGGAUAGGGAGAGAGACAAGGAAAGAGACAGAGAGCGGUCGUCCAAGGACAAAGACCGUAAAACAUCAGAAGAGAAAAGCAGCAGUUCCAAGAAAGACAAGAACUCUGAGAGCGAAGGAGACGCUGUAAAGGCUUCAACAGAAGCGGAGCCCAUGGAGACAGAGGCUGCUGCCUCGGCCUCUCCUCUCAUUAACGGCCAGCAAGAGCUCCUCCAUUCUGAAGGUGACACUCAGUCCAAUUAAAACUGAUCUGAUAGGACCUCAGAUCAGACCCAGGUAAGUGUGUCCUCGUCCUCGCCCGUCCUGACUCCCCUAACCCCACACACUUCCCUACUCCUCCCAUGUUGCCCCUCUACCUACGCACCCUCCUGCCCUUCCCGCUCCCCCAUCUUUUGUGCCGUUGCAUUCACUUAUUGCUGAUGUUUGUCUGACGUACCAUAUCCUGUUUUUGAAUAGUGCAUCAUAAGUAUGCACUGAAGACGAAGAACUAGGUUCGAUGAAUGAGAAGAAAGUAGAAAACAUUCACACAAAGCCAAGAGGGAAAGGCCAGUGUAGCCCUGAGCAAACAUGCCCAGAGGUACCCAAUGUCUUGUACCGGUUUUGAUCCUUCAAGAUGUUUGUCUUUUUGUGGACACAAGUGGCAGAAAAAUAUUAAUGAAUCCAAGCAAUUUUUCUGCUUGCUUUUUUCGCCUGAUUGGAUGUAGUCAUUUAAUAAUUUGUUAAUCUAGAUUGAAAAUACUACUGUGUGUUUAUAUGUACCCAUAACGGGGAAUGUUUUAUCCUCAUAUGUAAACACACAGGAAUACUUUGCCAUGGAUUUCCUUACUGUGCCUGAUAAUGACAUGCAGUGUGUGUUUGUUUUGGCUGGGUGGGUGGAUGGGGUUGUCAUAGUAACCGGGGGGGAACCUAACAUACCUAACUAACUGGAGGGUAGGGUUUAUCGCAUAAUUUGCAGCUGACUUCCACACCUCACACAGCGUUGGUGUUGUGAGCGAGACCACAUGUGAAAAGGGCAAAUUAAAAAUCAUGGAUACUCUGACUGUCAAACUGUGCAGGUACUCACCCCAGGUACUCCUUUCUAUACCCACAUCCUUUUGUGAAUGCUGUUGCCUGUCAGAACAACAUGAACUUGAGAGCUUGAUUGUGAAAUGUAUGUAUGUUGUUAGCUUUUAUCUUUCAAGCAUAGAAGCGAAAGCGCCCACUUGAUUACCAAUCUGCCAUAUAGGGUUAUGUUGUAGUUCUCUCUGAUCAUUCACUUUGAUAGCAACUAAGUGAUAUCAAACCCCUUUGACACCUGUAAAGAUAUUUAAUUGCAGAGCGGUGUCAACCAUUUUGUAGACAAUGUUCAGGAAUUUUCAGCCAAACGCUGACAAGGCGUCAGACGUGUAGGAGGAAAUUUUUUAAUCUUAUUAGUGUGAUGCUCUCUGAGAUACACUCAAUUAUUGCUGCUCACUUGUUGUUUCUAGCAAAUCAGUUGCUGAGGUCCCUUGCUAACAUUCUCUUUUUAUGACCAUGUUUGCCCAGCAGGAGAAUCUGGGAUAACUGAUGGAAGAAGAACUGGAGGAGAGCACCCGCACCUCACUUUGAGCCCGACACUCGGCUGCUUACAAACAAGGUGAUCCACAAAUGCGUAAUUAAAAUCAAGAAUGUGGAAAUGAGACAGGGAGGGGAAAAAUAACACUGAUUUUAAUGUCUAUGUGUCGAUCUCAUAGAUAGAUGAGUCCUUGUGGUUCAGUUAAUGUUUAAUUUUGGGGGGCGGGGAGUAUAGACACUUAAAAUACCAAACUUUGUAGGCUGAUUUUUUUUUUUGUAUGAGAAGCUCUUUUUUUCUCUGCAUUCAGUUAUUAAAAAACAUUACCUGUGGUUUAUUUUGAUCUGUCAGGUCCUAUUUCACUUCAUUUUUUAAAAACGUUAUGUAAAAAUGUCAAUUUAAUGCCAAGGCGUGGCGGCUCUUUUCCCUUCCACGUCGAGCUCACAUUGAUUGCUCCUCCUGCUGUUAAAAAAAAAAAAAAAUACUGAAUUUUCCUUUGGAUCAAAUCAUUUUGACUUGAGACUCAAGGCGUGUUUAGGUUUGCUCUGCUUUUAAUGUCCAUGUGGUCUUGAAGAAUAAAAGAUUAAAUGAC